GUUUUAAAUUUUAGUGAGCUAAAUGAGGGAGCCAGUGAACCGAACCACUCAAAACUUGCUUUCAUCCCUGGCACACACACACACAUACACAACUCACACAAACGCGCAGUGUAAACACAAAAAAGCAAAGAAUUUCUCGUAUUUAUUUAUUUGGAUUUGGAACGAAACCAUGACAGACCUCAGCAUCAGCGGCCAGCAGGUGCUGCCCCCGCCCACAUGCACACCCGCGGAACCCUUCCGCAUCACAACGAACGCCCCGCACCAGAUGAACGACGCCAGUUUGACGCCAGGACGCAGGAAGCUCCAGAAGUGGCUGGGUCGCGUGCUGCGGAUCGUGAUUACCGACGGCCGCGUGCUGGUGGGCUUCUUCAACUGCACGGACCGGGACGCCAACAUCGUGCUGUCCAUGUGCGCCGAGUACCUGGUGGAGGGCCAGGAGCCCCGGCUUCUGGGCAACGUCAUGGUUCCCGGCCAGCACAUUGUCUCCCUGAACAUCGACGAGCCGGAUCCGCAGUCCAGCCUGCUGGUGCAAUAGUGCUCCUAGUGAUCAUGAUCGUGGAUCGUUCGCUGUUAAAAAUGCUGUUCAAAUAAAGGAUUUCGAGAGGGCUCAACUCAAA